GCAGGAGUUUGCACUGGAUGCCUUUACAAAGCUGGAUACUCUGGUAAUAAUAAUAAUAAAAAGCCCCUACCCCUGGAUGGGGACGGAGUCUACGGAUGGAGCCCGGGAUUUAUGAAUGUGCAAAUUGCUGUGAUAUGAUCACAAACUUUCUGCUUUGCAUACGCAGGGAGCAGCGUGGGCUGAUGGAGUAGGAGCUUUACGAGCUGAGAUCCUGCACAUCGCAGAGGGGUUUGUUUCUCUGUGCAAACCCGGGACCCCGCUAGAAACCUGCUUUAAAAAACCAGCCACCACAAAAUCCAAACGCACCAGGCUUCUCCAUGAACUCGCCACGAACAUGUUUUUCAUUUUUUUUGACAGAAACGUGUGUGUAACUUUCUCUCGAGGAACUGAGGAAUUUUGUAGUUGCUCUUAUAGUAUUUUAAAUCUGAGAACCCAGUAGAGUCUUUUCCGCAGUGAUGAGGGAGUGACAAGUUGAAGUUCCUGCCAGCGUCCCUGUGCGAGCAGCUAACUCAGUGCCGAGCCCCCGACGGGACUAGGGCCGAGCUCCUGCACUCCUGACAGGGAUGAAGGUAGAGCCAUGUUCCCUGCUACCUAAGCUGCCUGGUGCUGCUGUCGUUCGUGGAUAUGGUGGCAGCCCCGGCUCUGUGCACAGACUCUCAGCUCUGAUCCCACCCGGGAGGAUUUAGCGGCAGCAGAGAGCCCAGCUGCGGAGCACACUCCCCCAGCCACCCCACGACGGAGGGGCUGCAGCGCUGGAGAGUUACUAUGCAGCUUGGACUGCUUGUGGUGGUGGUUUUUCUGAGCUCGAUGGAUCUAACAGGCAGCAGCAAAGUGGUGAAGGGCAAGAGGCAAAGACGAAUCAGCACCGAGCUGAGUCAGGGCUGUGCCAGAGGCUGUGACCUGUGCUCUGAGUUCAACGGGUGCCUGAGGUGCUCCCCCAAACUCUUCAUCCUCCUGGAGCGCAACGACAUCCGCCAGAUUGGGAUCUGCCUGCCCUCUUGUCCUCUGGGGUACUUCGGCCUUCGCAACACGGACAUGAACAAGUGCAUCAAAUGCAAAAUUGAGAACUGUGAGUCCUGUUUCAGUCGAAACUUUUGCACAAAAUGUAAGGAAGGUUUGUAUUUGCACAAAGGGAGAUGUUAUGUCACAUGCCCCGAAGGCUACGCUGCUGCCAACGGCACCAUGGAGUGCAGCAGUCCUGCACAAUGUGAAAUGAGCGAGUGGGGGCCGUGGGGGCCCUGCUCCAAGAAAAGGAAGCUCUGUGGCUUCAAGAAGGGCAAUGAAGACCGAACACGGCGGAUUCUGCAGGCUCCCUCUGGGGACGUGUCUCUGUGCCCUGCAACCACGGAGGUGCGGCGCUGCACGGUGCAGAAGAACCAGUGCCCCGAAGGGAAAAGGAAGAAAAAGGAAGAGCAAGGAAAGCAAGACAAUGGGAAUAGAAAUCGGAAAGACACCAAAGACACUAAGUCUGGCACCAAGAAGAGGAAGAACAGACAGAGAGGGGCCACGGUGCCCGCGACGCCCGCUAGCCCUGCCCAGUAGCUGGCCAGCGCGUCACCGGAUGGCAAGGCAACAUUGCUGCUAUGUAUAUGAAAGCUUUAUUGAACAGAGCACUGCUACACCAUGUACACGUGUCCAGAGACAGACAUAUACUCCAGACUGACCCACGGACUGACAGAGGCCGCACACACAUGCUGAAGGAGGCUGCACACACCCCCUGCCCAGGACUGGGAGGAACGCUGCUGAGGAGGGGGAGCGCACACGGAGGCAAAGCCACAGUGUCCCCAGGGCUCUGUGGGGACACUGCAGGGAGCAGAGGUGGAGCAUAAGCCAGUGAAGGACCCAGACCCCCAUGGGAUUGAUUUCAUGAUCAAAGGCCUCAAAUGGAGCCCAAGCACAUAGCCCCAGCACGGCCCCACUCAGCCAGGGGAUGAGACUGAACCCACAUGGCCACUCUCCCUGACCUGGGGCCCAGACACAGAGCAGGGGCCUCUUUCUCUUCCCUCACCCCUUAUUUUGUGUUUUAAGCUGUAUGACUUUAUCAUUGCGAAUACUUGUUUGUGGUAAGAGGUCAGUGGCAUCUGCCCUGAAUCUGCUUCAAAGAAUUAUUUCAAAUUAAAAAAAAAAAAAAAAACAAAAUCAAAAUGACAACCAGCUUCCUGAGUGUGUGGUUCAUACCUUGGCCCCUAUGGAGGCUGGUGUCCCACAGGACAGAGACUCACUUGUGGAAGGGAAACUCACCAAAGCUUUAAGAAAAUGCCAGGAAAUGCUGCCAGCUGCAGCGCAGCCACAAAUCAGCCGUCCUGCGAGAGGGACCCCAGCUGCACCCCGCUGAACUCCCCACUGAAGGAUCCACCUAACACACAGCAGAUUGAGAAAAUGAGAGGUUACAACAAACCACAGGUGCCUGAAACAUUGUGACUCCGCUGGGCCAGUCCCAGCUGCGGGACAAUCCCGGGCUGGGGACACCACCCCGGGUGUGGCAGGAGGGAGGCAGGCGGGAGGGGAAGGCACAGCUCGGGUCCUGCAGAAGAGAAACACAUUUUUGAAUUGGGUAGAAAAUACCUGUCUGCGUGCCACUGGCUGGAAUUCCCUGGAUUCUCCUGCUCUGUGAGAGGUGAUGCCUGAGCACAGGAACUGGGACAAGGACUGUGCCAGCCAGACCUGGCGAGCCCUGUGUGGGUUUGCUGCCUGCUCUGCUCAGGGCAGGGUCACAGGGCAGCUCCCCCUCCCUGCCCUGGGGUUUUACAAUGUGAUUUCUCUGUAUAAAUGGAAAGAGACACGUUUCAUUUCUCGAGAGUUCAGCAGAAGCUCUCUGCUCCCGAGGGAUGGUGCUAUGGCUCACAGGGUGGAUCAGGGACGUGCUGCUGGAGCUCCAACUCCCCUGGCAGGGCAAAGGGCAGGGGAAGCCUCACCCCAGCCUAACCUGGUGAAUCCAAUCUUGGCUGUACUCGCUUCCUUACCACGCUCUGCUCUGUGGUUUGAGGGCAGUGAGCCAACAGGUGUGCAGGAGAGAGCUCCCUGUCCCUCCGAGGGUCACUGCCCACACCCACAGCCCUGCUUCUCUCCUGUGGCUCGAGGUGACCACUGAGGACUCGGCUCUGGCACAGGACACCCCAGCUCCCUUCACCCAGCCUCCCCAGGGCUGGCUCGGGGCAGGAUGUGGAGGCUGCACAGUUGUUUGGGCUCCGGAGCUGUACCAAGCUCUCCGUGGCUGCUCUGCUGGCAGAAAAACCUUUCAGCCUAUCGUCCACUUUGUGUUUAAGUAAACAAGAAGCUGUUACAUCUUUGAAAGGGGAUUCCAUUUCAGCACAAUGAUAAACGACCAGCAUACCAAACAGGGGGAGAAAGAGUUUCUUUAAAGUCAUCCUUGAAUUUGUUUAUGGAUCAUGUUCCCAUGAUUUCUGAAAGCUUCCCCUCUGAAUGAUCCAGCCUUGCUCUAUUUUCUAGCCUGUGAGAGAAGUAUUUUGCUCACAAGCAGAACCAUUUUCCCUUCCACUUUUACCAGCACCCACCAGUGACCCCCUGGUGAAGCUCAGCUCCCUGGCUCGCUGUGCCUCCCUCCUGGAGCCACAUCCCCACCGAGCUCUCAGCGAGGAUUAAGGAAAAGAGAAUGCAUUAGGAAAGUUUUCUACAUGAGGCUCUGGUAAUGACUUGAUUCCCUACAGUAACUCCUGGCACUAUUAGCACAACUAUUUCAAAACUAAACUGCAUGUAAUAAAUCAACAGAACCUAUUUUAGAGAACUCUAGGGAUUAUUAGAAAAUCUGACAAACUUCUUUCUGUUGUAGCCUUUCCCCUACUUUCUUCCCUUUUUCAGAGCAAAAUGGGAAGAAAAAGGGACAAAGGCAACAGGAAGUUUAAGAUGCGUAUUAAAGAUAUCCAAGAUUUUUCAGUAGGGGUGAUUUUAAAAUUAAAUUGUUUUAGAACAAUUAGGAGAAAAAAUGUAACAAAUAAAUCCAAUUUAUUUUCUUUUUUUUUUGAGUCAGCUCAAGAAUUGUGCUUAUUCCCACUCCCAGAGAGCUGGUUCAGUUAUGAAUUUGGGAACAUUUUGCCUUUGACCAAAGUGAACUGCACACUGAGCUCCCCAGUCCAAGCUGAGAUGUCCUUAGCUGGGUGAUGUCACCUCAACUCACACACAUGUGAAUGCUCUCUUUCCAUGCACUAAGUUACCCUGUUGUGGUGUUGUCUCCAUGGCAUCACUGUAAAAUACAUGUCUUUAAACAAAUAAAUCAA